AAGUGGUGCAAGUGAGUAAGUAAUGCCAGGUGGGCGAGGAGCUGUCACGCUAUAUUCAACUGCAAACCACUCCCACCUGUCCCUCCGACGGGAACGCGCACUGUGAGCGCGCAGGCCGGUCUUGCAGGGGCAAGCGGAUGGUCUUAUCCUGGUCUCAUCAGGAGGUUCUCUGAUUACAGUACAGAUCAAAUCACUGUUCACCUUAAGCUGCAGGUAUAUAAGCGCUGAGUAACGCUGCUGACUUCAGUGCUACAUCUUCUUACCGAUACCUGGACAUUGGAGAAGAGAGAAAAACUAUGCGUGAAUGUAUCUCCAUUCAUGUGGGCCAAGCUGGGGCUCAGAUUGGCAAUGCAUGCUGGGAGCUGUACUGUCUGGAACAUGGGAUCCAGCCAGAUGGACAUAUGCCUUCUGACAAGACUAUUGGAGGAGGAGAUGACUCCUUCAACACCUUCUUCAGUGAGACAGGGGCAGGAAAACAUGUUCCCAGAGCAAUCUUUGUCGACCUGGAACCUACUGUCAUUGAUGAGGUGCGUACAGGAACCUACCGGCAGCUGUUCCACCCUGAGCAGCUGAUUACAGGAAAGGAAGAUGCUGCCAACAACUACGCCCGAGGACACUACACCAUUGGCAAGGAGAUCAUCGAUCUGGUGCUGGACAGGACUCGUAAACUGGCUGACCAGUGCACUGGCCUGCAGGGAUUUCUAAUCUUCCACAGCUUUGGUGGAGGCACUGGCUCAGGUUUCACCUCCCUACUAAUGGAGAGACUCUCUGUUGAUUAUGGUAAAAAGUCUAAGCUUGAGUUUGCCAUCUACCCAGCUCCCCAGGUUUCCACAGCUGUAGUGGAGCCUUACAACUCCAUCCUGACCACCCACACCACCCUGGAGCAUUCUGACUGUGCCUUCAUGGUGGACAAUGAGGCCAUCUACGACAUCUGCCGCAGAAACCUUGAUAUCGAGAGGCCGACCUACACUAACCUGAACAGGCUCAUCGGCCAGAUUGUGUCUUCAAUCACAGCCUCACUUCGUUUUGACGGAGCCCUGAAUGUUGACCUGACAGAGUUCCAGACCAACUUGGUGCCCUACCCUCGUAUCCACUUCCCUCUGGCCACCUAUGCCCCAGUCAUCUCUGCUGAGAAAGCCUACCAUGAGCAGCUGUCAGUUGCUGAUAUCACCAACACUUGCUUUGAGCCAGCCAAUCAAAUGGUGAAGUGUGAUCCUCGUCGUGGUAAAUACAUGGCCUGCUGUCUGCUGUAUCGUGGUGAUGUGGUGCCCAAAGAUGUCAACUCUGCCAUCGCAGCCAUCAAGACCAAGCGCACCAUCCAGUUUGUGGACUGGUGCCCCACAGGCUUCAAGGUCGGCAUCAACUAUCAGCCUCCAACUGUGGUUCCUGGUGGAGACCUGGCCAAGGUGCAGAGGGCCGUGUGCAUGCUGAGCAACACCACAGCCAUCGCUGAGGCCUGGGCCCGUCUCGACCACAAGUUUGACCUCAUGUAUGCCAAGAGGGCCUUUGUCCACUGGUAUGUUGGGGAGGGCAUGGAAGAGGGAGAGUUCUCAGAAGCCAGAGAAGACAUGGCUGCCCUGGAGAAGGAUUAUGAAGAGGUGGGUGCUGACAGCAUGGGAGAGGAGGAUGAAGGAGAAGAAUACUGACUUUAAUGAGGCCUGCACUUGAGCCAAAAUAGAUCAAUCCCUAUUUUUAAAAUAGGGCAUUCAGCUUUUGUAGUAAAGACAUAUGUAUCAAAUGUAUUAAUAAAUCAACAUAACAACCAUUUGGCUCAGAAAAUUACAGUUUACUAUUCCCUAAUACUAUCCAACCAAAAGAGUCUGUGACAAACAUUCACAAGACUAAUCAAAAGUCUAAACUGUUCUGUUCUUGAAAGUAAGAAUGUCAGAAAGGCAGUUAUGAAAAAAACAAAAAAAAAAAAAAAAAACUUCUGGUCAAUCUUGCUUUCUGCCUUUAAAGAUCUUUUCUUUCUGCAGUAUCAGCCUGAGAAACUUAGACCAAACCCUCUUUUUUGUGCACCUCCCCCCACUAUCCUCUCCCAUGUGGAAUGUAAGUUAUGAAAGGGCUCCUAUGUCAGUUUCUAUAUGCCAUUCAGCUGUGACUCUGUGAGAGCGCCCGAGAGAGAGAAAAUAACUGGCUAACUCACUGACUAGUGUUGUUUGUGUAGCUCAUACUCAGACAGUGGCCUGCAGGAACAAUAGGAUCCCAGUUAUGUGAUCCUAAGAGGGCUGUUGUAAAAUUGUACCAAAGAAAAUCAGAAAACUUAGCAUAACAUUUCUCAGAAGUUUUUCUCUAUUUUUUUUUUUUUUAUCUUUAACAUUUCAGUGGUUUAUUGGUUGCUAACGUGAUGCUUCUCUGUUUUUCUGAAUUAUCUGAUUUAGCUGAAACGUUGCAUAUUGCCAUGUAAUUUUUGUCAUUUUAACACAACUGCAACUGUAAGGAUUCUUACUGCUCAGAAUUUUCUUUUCCCACCAUUAAAACAUAUGUCUUUUGCAUUUUGUGAUCAACAAUAAAGAACUUCAUAGACUGUUCCA